AUGAAGAUUGCAACUUUUGAGGAACCGGGGAAACGCAUCCGGUGGACUGGUUUACAAACCGUGUUGAAACCAACCCUUCUUACCUUCAAAAUUCUGGGUUUCGUAAUCGUGAUGAAGGUGACGAUGAUGAUGAGCAUAGAGAUCCUCGAGGAUUUGGAGGCGGAAUACUGGAUUGGUCAAGCCGAAGCUGCUCAGGAAGCACGCGGCUUAUCAUGGCUAGCGCAGCAGAACUUGAUAUCACCGUUUGCCUCUCGCGGUAGAGGAAUUCUCGAGAUCCAUCACGAUCACGAAGCCAACAUUAUCUACGGAGGCUUUGGCGGCAUGUGCACUGGAUGCAUCCGUCGUGGCCGCUGGAGCCUGAACUCAGCUACGGUUCAUCGCCCCGUCCAAGUUCCCUAUUCGGUUUUAUUCGCCCUCUUACCUCGCUCCCGUUUUUCUUCUCCAACCGCACGCCCGCUGAAGAUUGUCUGGGUCGGAUACCAUUAUGGGGAAGUAUCGGAAGUUGGGAGGGACUACGUGUCAAGCCUCGUUCCUUUCUUACUUUACGGCCUUGCCUCGGGAGUAACUAUACCGUAUGCUACAGUACCACCUGAGAAACCCUCCAUGGAGACACACCCUCCCCCCAACUUGCACUGGGCGAGCUGA